AUGUGGGAACUGCUGAUGACCCAGUGGAGCCUGGCUUUCAUCAUGGGGGCCAAAUCAAAUAAAGAGGAAGUGGAGAGGACUAACACAACAUUGCCAACAGAAUUUAUCCUGCUAGGGCUCUUUAACCAAACAGAGACGCACACCUUCCUUGUGGCCAUGAUUUUACUUGCCUUCAUUACGGCCUUGUCAGGGAAUGGUCUCCUCAUAUUUCUAAUCCAAAUGGAUUCCAGUCUUCACAGCCCCAUGUAUUUUUUCCUCAGUCACUUGGCCUUCAUGGAUAUCUGUCAGAUCCUGAUCGUUGUCCCCAAAAUGGCAAUGGACUCUGUGAUCCCAGGGAACACCAUUCCGAUAGUUGGAUGUGGGACCCAGAUAUUUCUCACGAUGACCAUGGGAGGAGCGGUGUGCCUCCUUCUGGCAGUCAUGUCUUAUGACAGGUAUGUGGCGAUAUGCAAUCCCUUGCAAUACCAUAUCCGCAUGAGGAAGAGAACCUGUCUAAGCAUGGCAGCUGGCGUCUGGUUUGGAGCAUCUCUAGAUGCCUUGAUUCACACAGUUUUUAUUCUGCAGCUGCCCUACUGCGGCUCAAAAGAGAUCAACCACUUCUUCUGUGAGAUCCCAGCCCUGCUGAAAUUGUCCUGCUCUGACACCUCCACUUAUGAGAUGGUCCUCUUUGUAUCUGGCAUUGUACUGCUUCUCAUCCCUUCCUCGAUUAUACUGUCUUCUUAUACAUGCAUCCUCUCUUCGGUGCUGAGGAUUAGCUCAGUCAAAGGAAAGCAGAAGGCACUAGCCACUUGUUCCUCACAUUUGACUGUGGUGGGGCUAUUCUACGGAGCAGCCAUCUUCAUGUACAUGAGACCCACUUCCUACCACUCAUCGCAGCAAGACAAGACAGUGUCUAUGUUUUACACCAUUGUCACUCCGGUGCUGAAUCCCCUCAUCUACAGCCUAAGAAACAGGGAUGUUUUAGGAGCCCUAAGAAAAUUGGUUGGGAAAUGCAGGGUCUGUCAGAAACUUUGA